UUUACAUGAGAUUAUUUAUUUUUUGUUCACAAUAAAAACUAAAUAUAAAAUAUUUACCACCUCAACAAUUGUUCCCUAUUACAGAUAAUAUUUAUGCCAAAUAGAAUGAUUAUAAAUAACAAUUAUUACAGUGUUGUAUGUUGUCUAUAAUUAGUUUUUAAUCAUUUUUAUCAGCGAUGUCAAAACUUCCUAAAACAACUUUGAAUCUUAAACAGUUUAUGAUUCGUCAAGAAGUCAUCAAACUGUACAGAGAUAUAUUCAGAACUAUAAAAUUAGUGUCAGAUGAAAACACACGACAAGAAUUGAAGGAAUGGGCGAGAGCAGACUUUCGUAACAAUAUGCACCACACAGAUGAAUCAACCAUCAAAGCUAGGCUGUACUAUGGCCAAAAAUCACUUAAGGACUUACAACACUCACUCGCAUUGAGCAGGAGCUAGUAUUAAG